AUGACGGCUCGUCCUAUCCUGAAUCGAUUCAACCUGGACAUGUCUCUUUCGCGUCACCCUCUGUCUACUGACUGCGACCAAAACAUCCCUGAAAACGGGUAUAGCCGCAGGUACUCGCCCAUCGACCAAUCCAUCUACAAUCACUUCCAGAUCAGGCAACCCAUGUCCACUCAAACACUGUCUCCAUCGGGAUUCGACUACCGCGCUCAAUGCCCUGGCUGGGGCCCGCAGUUUAGCGAGUAUAAGUUAGUAGCCCAGGUCGCCGUGUCAAACAAGAGUCCUACAAGCCAGGGCUGGGGCGGCGACGAACCAUCGACUCGUCCAUAUCUUGGUCCUCCACCGUACGGCCACAACGAAGCAACUCGAUACUCUGUCCCCGAGUACGCUGCAUCCGAACAACACUCACCACAAAUGCCAUACGAAGAAGCAGACUCCAAUGCUACCGAGGAAAUGAUUGAAACUGGCCCCGAAUCAGUCAGCCCGCCAGCAGCCAACACCAACUACGCUGACGCCGGUGCGGUCUUCCCACCCAGCAGAUGCCAGUAUAUUGAAGAGGAAGACCGCAAGGUCGGCCGCGGCCAGAGCCAACCAUGCUCACUUAACGUCGGCAAGGAGGAACACCUCCGCAAAACAAUAUCUCAUAUCUUCGGCCGCAACAAGCUCUGUACGUCCCUGAUCCCUGACGAGGGCUGGGUAUGGUGGUGCCGCAAGCACUACCAGCAGCAAAGGUACAAGCGGGAUAGUUGGGCAAAGGAACAGAUCCUAGUGCUGAAAGACACACUAGACAAACUCGAGGCCUGGGGUGGCAUCGAGACCUUCACUAUUGCUCUUCGAAAACGUGAAAAGGAUAGCAAAAAGGUAGCCACAGACGACGAGAUUCCUGCUACUCGCCGCCGCGUAGCCGGACGGCCAUCAAAGCCCGCCGCCACCACCAUCACCACCACCGCCCCGAGUCAGACCAACGAGACCCCGAAAUUCACCAAGACUGGGCGCCGCAUCUGCUCCCCCGUGAACAUCGCCUCCCCCGUCCCUCAGCAUCUGCUUCAAUAUGUAGGCGAGGAGCGCGACUUUGCGGGGGUGCGUGCUUUGCUGGAUGCGAUAGACCAGCAUAUCGAGGAAGAGUGGAAGAAUAACAACAAAGAAGUCCCCUUCCCAGAUAUCGAAAUCCUGCCGAACUUCACCAAAGAAGUUCUCCAGUCGAAGGGGAUUCCUUGUGGCGCAAUGUCUGCUAACAACCACUCGCGUCGUCGACGAGCUCGUGUGCCUGAGGAUACUUCCAAAAAACGCGCGCGUGUGCAUCGAUAUGAGCCUGACGCGAGGUUCUAA